CGUCAACAUAAGCUAGUUCAUGGAUGUGUGUUCAGGUAUAUUUAGGCUUUGAAUUUAAUGUGAAACGGCAUGGCAGGCGUAAUUCGAAGACUUGAUGAAAUAGUGGUGAACCGUAUUGCUGCUGGAGAAGUCAUUCAACGGCCUGCAAAUGCUAUAAAAGAAAUGAUUGAAAAUUGUCUGGAUGCUAAGUCCACCAACAUCCAGGUUACUGUCAAAGAGGGAGGACUUAAGAUGAUCCAGAUUCAGGACAACGGCACUGGAAUUAGGAAAGAAGACCUGGAAAUUGUUUGUGAGCGGUUUACAACAAGCAAACUUCAGACUUUUGAUGACCUCGCAACUAUUUCAACUUACGGUUUCAGAGGAGAGGCUCUUGCCAGUAUUAGUCAUGUAGCCCAUGUCACAAUUACUACAAAAACAACAAAUGGAAAAUGUGCCUUCCGAUGCAGUUACUGUGAUGGCAAACUGAAAGCCCCACCUAAACCUUGUGCUGGAAACCAAGGGACACUCAUCUCUGUAGAAGACCUUUUCUAUAAUGUACCCACCCGAAGGAAAGCCUUGAAAAGCCCCAGUGAAGAAUACUCCAGGAUUGUGGAGGUCGUGAGUAGGUGUAUACGCCCAUCCACAAACUCUGGGAAAAGCUUUACUGUCAAAAAACAAGGAGAGAUGGUAGCCGAAGUGAAGACUCUACCCAAUGCCACAGUUUUGGACAACAUCCGAGUAGUGUUUGGUGUAGCUGUGAGCAGAGAGAUGAUCAAGGUAGAGUGCGAGGAUCAGAAACUUGCCUUUAAACUGCAGGGUUACAUUUCCAAUGCCAACUACUCAGUCAAGAAGUGUAUCCUCAUCCUGUUUAUUAAUCAUCGUUUGGUAGAAUCCAGUACCUUGAAGAAAGCCAUAGAGACUGUCUACACAGCAUAUCUUCCCAAAAAUACACAUCCUUUUCUUUAUCUCAGUCUGGAAAUUGCUCCUCAUAAUGUUGAUGUGAACGUACAUCCAACAAAGCAUGAAGUGCACUUUCUCCAUGAAGACUGCAUCAUUGAGAGCAUUCAGAAGCACAUAGAGAGUAAACUUCUUGGCUCAAAUUCCUCACGUACUUAUUUUACACAGACUUUACUUCCUGGGCUGUCAGUCUCUGCCAGUGAUGUGAAAGUCUUAAAUAGUUCCUCGGCAGAUCGUAGGGAGCGCAUCUAUAGCCAUCAGAUGGUGCGCACUGACAGCAAGGCACAGAAAUUGGAUGCUUUCCUCCAGCCAGUGAGUAAACCUUCUUCAGAUGGAACAACUACUGCCAGCUCCCUAGCACCUGACCUAAUUAAUUCAGAACUGGAUGAUACUGCAAUGCUUGAGGGGCUGGAGGAGUUGCAACCAAGAGCCACAAAGGACUUGGAGACUAAUCUCCAAACAGACACCCCCCCCAGGAAACGGCCUCAUGUUGAUGAGGAGAGGGAUGAUCAGACAGCAGCCUGUACACCAAGGAGACGAGUCAUUAAGCUAACCAGCGUGAAGGAGCUUCGACGAGAGAUUGAUGAACAAGCUCACAAAGGUCUGCAGGAGAUGUUCCAGAAUCAUUCAUUUGUUGGAUGCGUCAAUCCCCAGUGGACUCUCGUCCAACACCACACAAAACUAUACCUACUGAACACAACCAAACUCAGCCAGGAGCUGUUUUACCAGAUUCUGAUAUAUGAUUUUGGCAACUUUGGUGUCCUGCGAUUAUCAAGCCCAGCCCCCCUUUAUGAGCUGGCCAUGCUGGCGCUGGAUUCUGAGGAGAGUGGGUGGACAGAGGAGGAUGGGCCUAAGGAAGGCCUGGCCCAGUACAUAGUGGAGUUUUUGAAGAAGAAAGCUGAAAUGCUGGAGGAUUAUUUUUCGAUGGAGAUAGAUGAGGAAGGAAACCUGACUGGUCUACCACUUUUACUUGAUAACUACACACCAGCUAUGGAAGGGCUACCAUUGUUCAUCCUGCGCUUAGCUACAGAGGUGAACUGGGACAAUGAGAAGGACUGUUUCCGUGAAUUCAGUAAAGAAUGCAGCCAAUUCUACUCCAUAAGAAAGCAGUACACCCUGGAGACCGAGGCAGCAGCAGGCCCUCUGGAAGCUGAACCAAGUUGGCAGUGGAAGGUUGAACAUGUUCUCUUCAAAGCAUUCCGCUCCCUCCUGAGCCCUCCAAAACACUACAGCGAGGACGGCAGCCUCCUACAAAUUGCCAACCUGCCAGACCUCUACAAAGUUUUUGAGAGAUGCUGAGUCUACACUGCUGUUGUGAUUUAGCCAUUGGUGUAGCUAUGAUCAUUGUGAAGCCGAGAAACAUGCCUCUGUUCAUUUGUUGUUAUGCUGCCAUAUUCCAUGGAUCCUGUUAAUGUGAUUACUGGCUUUUACAGCUGAACAUUUGUAUAUCAAUGUCAAACACAUUUUAAAGUGAAAAGUGUUGUUUAAAUACCAAUACGUUUUUAUGGCUA